CCGGCGGUGUCAUAUUUUUGUCCGCAAUUUGAUGCGUUCGAUUGGGGCUGAGCUGAAUAGCGCGUUGGGUUUGUCAUGUUUGGUACGGAGCGGGGGAGUUUUGGUAGGAUUUUGUGCUUUGCUGGCUGGUUUAGCGCCGUGUGUUUUUGGGGAACAGAAGAGUUUAGUUGUGUAAUUUCACGCGUUCGAUCCGAAUCACCGUCAUGCUUGAGGACUAGAGGAGUAGAGGUGGCUGCGACGGAGGGUGAUGCUCGUGGACUAAUAUAACUGUGUGGAUGGGAAUCGUAGAGCUGAUGUUGUUUAGAGUUUCUAUGCAACUUUAAUGAGAAAUCAGGUGUUCUUUGCGAAAUCCAGCUACAGAAGAACCAGGAACGGGGAGCGUUGAGUUCUGUGUGGUUUGAAUGGGUUUUUCUUAAUUACUAUGGUUAUUUAGUAGGAUAUUUUAUUGGUCACCCCCUGCUCGGCUGCUCCUGGGUUGGUGGCGCUUAUGACUGGGCUGGAAAAGCAUCUCCAUGAUAUGCUACUCAUGGGCUUCUAGUAUUGUGUGAUUGAAAGGCGGAUGAGGCUACAUUUGAUAUGUACAACAAUGUACUUGAUGAACCUAGCCCGUUGGGUCUGCGGUUGAAAAAAAGCCCAUCUCUCUUGGAUUUGAUUGAGAUGAGGCUUUCUCAAGCAUCCAAUGCAGGGCAAUCUUCUAUGGACAACGACAUUUCUGAACCUUCCAAGAAGAAAGAGAUGAAAUCUGGUGUGUCAGCAGCAGGCGAACGGCUAAAAGCUUCAAAUUUUCCUGCAAGUAUAUUAAGAAUUGGUACCUGGGAGUACAUAUCACGAUAUGAAGGUGAUUUGGUGGCAAAGUGUUACUUCGCAAAGCAUAAGCUUGUGUGGGAAGUUCUGGAAGGCGGUCUUAAGAGUAAGAUAGAAAUUCAGUGGUCAGAUAUUACUGCUUUAAAGGCAACUUGCCCUGAAAAUGGGCAAGGAACCUUGGACGUGGUGUUGGCCAGACCACCUCUGUUCUUUAAAGAGACAGAUCCUCAGCCAAGAAAACACACAUUGUGGCAGGCUACCUCAGAUUUCACCGGUGGUCAAGCAAGUAUGCACAGGCAACAUUUUCUGCAGUGCUGUUCAACCUUGUUAAGCAAGAAUUUUGAGAAGCUUAUUCAGUGUGAUCAGCGGCUAAACCAAUUGAGCCUACAACCAGACAUAUUGGACUCUCCAGUAUUUGAACCUAGGUGCUCAAUAUUUGAGGAUCCGGAUGAAUCAAAAUGCUCUGGUUUUACUAAUUUGAAAGAUGAACCUGGGUAUUCAGGUUCUGUGUCACCAUGUACUGGCUCAUCCAUGUCUGCUAAGAAUGAAGCCAAUGGUUCCAUUGGAAUGCCAGCAGAAUUUCUUCCUCAGACAGUAAGCCCAGGAGCUGGUGCUGUAGGUGUACAAGCUGUCAGCAAAAAUGUAAACGGUGCAGUUCCAGAAUUCAAUAUUCCCCACUGGUGGAGUCAAUUGAAGGUGCCUGGGCUUAGACCCUCGAUGUCAGUGGAUGAUUUGGUAAACCAUCUAGGUAAUUGCAUCACAGAGCAGAUCACUUCAGGCAACCCGGCAUUAGCCAACAAUGAGGUGCCAACCAAAGAGACACUGGAGGAAAUUGCUCAGUACCUUCUCGGCGAUGCACAAGGCCCACCGGUGUCUGCCUCUGAUGAGAAAUCACUGAUGGCAAGGGUGGACUCCCUCUGUUGUUUGAUUCAGAAAGAUGCGGCACCAGCUACUAAGCCAAAGCCUGAACCAAAUGACAGUGAUAGCAUUGGUGUGGAGGCCUCAGAAAGUUCUGACGAAGAAUUUAGUUCAACAUCAACGAGGAAAACUACAGAUGCCACUGAGCCACCAGCCAUGUCCAGAAAGGACUCCUUCGGAGAGCUGCUGACGAACCUCCCUCGCAUCGCCUCGCUACCGCAGUUCCUCUUCAAGAUACAAGAGGAUUCCGAGAACUAAACCUGAAGUCAAGACUUGGCUCCACAUUCCCUAAAGCAGGGAGGUUGCUGUAAAGAGUGUACCCGAGCAAUAAGCCCCUUAUUUCGUCUCUGUACUAGCCGUGUUCCCCGCCCUGUAAAUGAUCACACCCAGUAGGUUGCUCCAGUUGUCUGUAUGUUUUGGAAUUCGAAUGGGUAGUGAAAAAAUUGAAAUGUUCAUUGGUUC